AUGUCAUUGGAUGGUACUAUCGAUGGACCCUUACACAAGAGCAAGGCCUUCCUCUGCAUAUUACAGAUAAACCUGAAACUCUCAUCUGUGUGCCGCCCACAAACAGGAAGGGUUCAGCCUGGCACGAAGCUGGACGGCCGAGCCAAGAACACAGAAGCCCAAAGAAGGGAGACAGAGGUGAGGGCGUCCCGAGCACUGGGCCGCGCUUUUCUUCUUUUAGACAAAUGUUUCAAAACAGAAGCCCCAAGUCCUCAGGCCCUCCCUCCUUCUUCGGGAUGCUGGAGCGCUGGGCGCUGGGACAGCCCAGCGCACUCCGAGCGCAGCCCGACCCCCACGGCCCGCCGGAAUCGGGCAUCGCACCCCCGCCCCGCUUGCCUUCCCGGCACCGCGCGGCACCCCCAGAAGGGCCGGGCUCCAGGCAGCGUCCUCCGACCCCCAGAGCUCCCGAAUCCCCCUCCCAGGGCCUCCCUUAAGUCCAGAUUUCCGCGCGCCCCUGCCGGGAAGGAAGCCACAGGUAGGGGGGCGGCGCGGCACUCACCUGCGCAGGAGGCGUGCUCUCGGCUCCAGCUGGAGAGGAGGAGGCGGAGGCCAUGUUGUGGGGCUGCUGCUGCUGCUGCUCCUUCCAGGAACUCUGCUCUCCCCUCCCCGUCUCGCUCGGCUCCUCCUGCCCCCAAAAGUGCGACUCCUUUGGAAAAAGUUCGGCUGCGGCUCAGGAACGCCAAGCGCGGCUUCGCGGCACCCGCCCCGUGCAGCGUCUCCGCCCCUCCGCCCUCGGAGUCCGCAGCGCCCGCCAGGUGCCCGCCGGGGCAGUGGUGGCGGGGGGCGGGCCGGGCUCAGGUAGCGGCGCGGCGGCGGGGCCAGCGACCGAGCUCAGCGCGCUCCCCGCCGGCCGCACGGCCCCAGCGAGCAUGCCCAGGCAGCUCGGCCUCGCACCCCGGGGGUUCUGGCAGGGUUCCGCGACAGGCCCGCGGGGGUCUGAGCAGGACCACGGGAGUGGGAGCUGGGUGA